AUUUUUUUUUUAUUUUUUUUACCUCCUCCAUCUCCACUCCUGCUCCCAUUUCUAUAUAAGCUUCCCAAAUCCUGCCCAGACUUAUCCAGAGAGAGGAACCAGCCCUCCUUCCAGCUUGGUGCCACUGCCCUGGUAAACACUCACCACAGCCAAAUGGAUACUUCCAACAGUGCGCUGCCAGAGGACAUCAUGCCAGCGCUGCCCAGGGGGAGCCUGAGUGCCAGUGCCAGGGGGGUCUGCAGGAGUUUAUUCGGCCCCAUCGACCAUGACGAGCUGCGAUCCGAGCUCAAGAGGCAGCUCAAAGAGAUCCAAGCCUCGGACUGCCAGCGCUGGAACUUUGAUUUUGAGGCUGGCACCCCUCUGAGGGGGACCUUCUGCUGGGAGCCCUUGGAGAGCAAGGAGACGCCAAACUUCUACAGGGAGAGCAGACUGUGCCCUGGCACUGCCGCUCCGGUGCCCAGACUGCAGCAGCAGCAGACCCCAGGAGGCACUGUGCCCCCUGUGCCUGCAGACAGCAGGGAGGAGGCACCGGCAGAGGCUGUGCGUAAAAGCCAGAGCCCGGAAUGCGCAAAGGAGAACGCGGCGAAGGCUGGAAAGAGGUGUCAGGGAGUUAAAGGUCCAGCAACGAAGUCUCCAUCCUCUUCUUCAUCUUCCUCCUCCUCCUCACACUCCUCUCUCCUGCUGAGGAAGCGAGAGAUCAGCACUUCCAUCACAGAUUACUUCCCCAAAAGAAAAAGGAUACAGGUUGCCAAAAUCGACACCUUAAAAGUCUCCCACCCUUUUUGCACUUUGGAGCAGACCCCAAGGAAGAAAAUCCGAUGAAAUAAUGGUCUGCUCAAUAAAAGCCCUGAACGCAAACAUCCCCUGUACUAACUAUAUCUAGGAUUGAAGGGAGAGUGAGACAGAGAUACAUUUCCUGGGCUGCAGUUCUUUUUCUAGCAAAAAAAAAAAAAGAACUCUAUACUGAGAUUCCGCUGCGUCUGUCUGUUAUGGAGAAGGUGGUGUAACCGGGGAUGUGGUUCUGCGUGGUUCAGGACUUCCUAGAAUUGCACGCACUCUGAUCUUACCUGCACACUUGGAUGUCCAUGUCUGUUGCGGCUCUUUCUUUUUGUUCAAAAGACACCAGUUUAUUGUUGCUGUGGGAGAACGCAGGACUGGUGGGGUGGUCCACAGCUGUCGCUGUUGGUGCUGUGAAUGUAUCUACCAACUUGCUGAAUCUAUAGCUGGGGAGGAUGCAGUCUACAGUCCAGGUUGUGCUAAACUACAACUCCCUGAAAACUACUAAAGGAUGAUGGGAGUUGUAGUCCAGCAACACAGGGACGGCUGAGAGAUACUAACACCUGGUGUAGCUUAUGCAAAGCCCAAUAGGCAUGUACAGCGUUAUAUGUAGCAUUUGUUUGUAUAAUCAUGUUGUUGUUGUUGUUGUUUUUUUUGUUGUUUUUUUCUUUGCACUGUUUUAUAUAUAUUUUGAUAUAUAUAUAACCACAAUUAUGUACAGCAACUAUGUAACAUAAGAAAGCAUAAAAAUAAGUUAUAUAUUUAUAUAACAUGUUGGAAGUACUCCAACGUUAAGCCAUAAUACUGGCUACAAAACAGUUUAUAAAGGUUAUACGUAUGUCUCCUUAUGGAGAGAUAAAAGUAUGUGUCUUAGUAACUAUGCAUGUACAGUUUUCUAUGUUUUAUUGUAACAGUGUUUUGUUGUUUUUUUUGCAAAAUAAUGUACAGAAUAUUGCUAUAUCAGCAAAAGAAAGUAAAAUAUGACUUUUAUACCUACA